AUGAUGCAUAGGCACAACGACAGCUACGAUCCCCUUGCCCUCGCCAUCGCCCCGCCUGCCAAUGAAACGCUCGCCGAGCGUGCAGCUAGAGAGAAAAGCGAGUACGAAGCCUUGCUUCGAAGUCGCAAGAUCGACUUAGAAUUGAAGGCAGCGAAGGCAGCGAUGAAGAGAUAUAACAAAGCGGUCAAAAUCUUGGUUCUUGGUCAGAGCCUCAGUGGCAAGUCUACAACUAUCAAAAACUUUCAGAUGACCUAUGCCCAUAAGUCAUGGUCUGAAGAGCGUGCUUCGUGGAAAGCAGUCAUUUUGCUCAAUCUUGUUCGGUCGGUCAACUUGAUCCUUGACGUCAUUAGCGACACCAACAACGCGUCAACCCUGCACGACCACGAUCCUGUGGUCGACCUUUCCCAAUCACCCACCUUGCCGCGGUUUGGUGCCAGACCAACGCCCACUGAGAAGCAUCGGAGCGUCGCUCUUCGUCUCACUCCACUACGACAGAUAGAAAAGGAUCUCAGAGCAUUUCUCGGAGCCGGUUCAAGCGAGAUCUCUGAUUCGCAGAGAGGGGGUUUAAACGGCACCGCCCAGCUUGAUCUCAACUUCCAGGAGUUUAGCAUACGCUCGUCUUCGGGGUGGAAGGGAAUCCUAGACCAUAUCCGCAAUCCACAGCCAGGCAAGGACGCGCAAUUGCACCGUGUGGCAUGCCAUGUGGUUGCUGGAUGUCGGGAUGACAUCCGGUGGCUUUGGGAUGACCAGACCACCCAAGCCAUCCUCCGCGACCGGUUGAUCAGGCUGGAGGAUUCACCUGGUUUCUUUCUGAACGAUAUCGACCGAAUCGCUUCUCUCGACUAUGAGCCAACAGAUCAGGACAUCGUGCGGGCGCGAUUGCGAACGACGGGCGUCCAAGAGUAUCGCUUCACGUUGGACAAAUCGAACGGGGUGGCCGCCGGACUAGAAUGGAUCAUGUACGAUGUUGCUGGAAUUCGCACCUCUAGAGCAGCGUGGAUACCCUAUUUUAAAGAUAUCACGGCGCUAAUCUUCCUGGCGCCUAUUUCGUCCUUCAACGAGCGCUUAGGAGAGGAUGAUCGUGUCAACAGACUGGAGGACACCCUUGUCCUAUGGAAAAAGAUAUGCAGUAACCCACUUCUAUCCGAAGUUCAAAUCAUCCUUUUCAUGAACAAGAUCGAUUUAUUGAAGAAGAAGCUGGACCGAGGCGUUCGAGUUCAGAAAUACAUCCCCGACUUCGACAAGAGCAACGACUUCGAAACGGUUUCAUUGUGGUUCCGGCGUGUCUUCCGACGUAUAUACGUCGACCACGCGCACCACAACAAUCCCUUCAUUUCGCACUUCACAUCGGUAGUUGAUACGAAGACCACGGCUCAAACACUCGAAGCUGUGCAAGCAACCAUCUUGCGCCACGACAUCGUUGAUGCUGGACUACUAUAG